GGCGCUCAUGGGAAAUGUAGUUUAGUUGUAAGAGUAAGUGAAAGAGCUGAGUUUUAUUAGAUCUCGUUUAUAAUUAUACACUUUAUUCAUUUAUUCUAUAUUACACUUUCAUUGUCGCGGACUAGUCAUAAUUUAUGUGCUUUAAUUAUUGGUUGAAUAAUUAUACAGUAUUGGAGGAAGAACUGCGCGUGCGCAACAAAAUGAAAGUCCUGUCAAAAGGUAGCGGAGAAGAAUGGAUGUCCAAACAGUAAUGGUGCAUUUCAAGACGUGAAGUAAAGCUUCUUAUCCAACAAACAGAGAGCAGAAAAUGGGGAAAGGCUGUAAGGUUGUGGUGUGUGGACAGGCAGCAGUAGGAAAGACUGCAAUACUGGAACAGUUGUUGUAUGGCAAUCACAUUGUAGAAUGUUGCAGUGUAAUCUGAAACCCAGCAAUAGUAAAAACUUUGUGCAUGGUGUGCCGUGCUCAGGCUCAGAGUCGACAGAGACACAGGAGGACGUGUACGUAGCGUCAGUAGAGACGGACCGCGGGGUGAAGGAGCAGCUCAGACUCUAUGAUACCAAAGGCCUUCAUGACGGACAGGAGCUACCCAAACACUAUUACUCUGUGGCAGACGGCUUUGUGCUGGUCUAUAGCGUGGACAAUCUGGACUCCUUCAAGAGGGUGGACAUGCUGAAGAAGGAGAUCGACAAGUCCAGAGAUAAAAAGGAGGUGGCUGUGAUUGUCCUGGGCAACAAAACAGACCUGCGUGAGCGUCGUCAGGUGGACCAGGAGGCUGCGCAGCAGUGGGCACGUGGCGAGAAGGUCAAACUGUGGGAGGUCAGCGUUUCUGAGCGCAACUCCCUCAUUGAACCCUUCACCCAGCUCACCAGCCGCCUCACCCAGCCCCAGAGCAAGUCCUCCUUCCCCCUGCCCGGGCGCAAGAGCAAGGGAACCGCCGCUAAUGACAUGUGAAGCCAAUAGAGACUUGUGAGGAGUGAGAGAGAGAGUGUUUGAUGUGUGUGUAAGAUUUGUGGGGACUGGUGAAUGUUCUGUUGAGAUUUACUUGGGUUAAAAUAGGUGAGGUAAAAGAAUGGUAACUGGAAACUGGAGAGAGGUGUUGAAAAUUGGUUAGAUUUCAUGUUUUAGUUUCUUUCUUGGAUCUGCUUAAGUUCAGAAUGUAUCCCUCAUCUAUAAUAAUUAUUCAACAGGCAUUUUCAGUAAAUCAUUGUAAAAAAUAUACUUUAUAGUCCCUAUUGGGAAAUUUGUCUGCAUUUUACUGGGGCAGCCUGUCAGGAGCAAUAGGCAAACACACUGCAGUACCCGGGAACACACCUCCAAAUCUUGAGUGAAGUUUGAUUAUGACUGCAUUAUCUGAAGGAUUAGGACCGUUAUGCACUGCAGUAUGGUUUAAGUUCAUGGGGUAAAAUUGAGUGUCCAUCUAAGGCUAAUUUAAAGAUUUUUCAUUACUUUAGUGCAUUUUUUAAACUUGAAAUGAACAAAACAACAAUGAUUUUCAAAUUAAUACAGUAUAUUUUUUCCUUUUCUCUUACAAACCUAAUCCACGAAUACUUCUAGCACUUGCCUGUCUGUGUUUCAGCUGCUACUAAUCUAAAAAUUGUACUUGUGGAAAAAUUCCAUGAUACUAUAUCUAGAUCUAUAGGUAUCUAAGAACUAUUGCACUUCAUCUUUUCUAACAGAACAUCAUUUCAAAACCUGUUUAAACCUCCUGAAAAUAUUUUUGCCAAGUUAUGCUGAUGUAAACAAAAUGUCAGUUUACAGUGCAUGCUACAAAAAAUUAUCAGUUCUGACAACUUUUGAUGCCUUUCCAAAGAUUUCAUAACCAAAACUAACUUGCCCAUGCUGAGAUAUGCUUCCCUUUAAACAACAACGUUUAGAAUAUUUUUGUUUUAACCUUACCACCAUGUAUUGUAAAUGCAGCACUGAUUUAGUCCUCUGUUGUUGGGACACUAGAACCACUAAGCUAUGGUCCAUCAUCUCAUACGUCACUUGGUAGCAAUAAUAUUCAUGGUACAGUGAGUAAUAAUUCUAAACCUGUGUCAGUAGUGUUAUUUCAUAGGGCUGCUUGGAAAGGUAAUAGAAGCGAAUGUUAGAAAUGUCAGUGUUAAGAUGCAAUAUUUAUUCCUUAACUUAUUUUUGCCACUUUGAGCCACAUUCCAUGAUUAUUAAAUGGGACUUUUACAAUACGGUGAACUAUUUUGUGUUGUAAUGACUUAAAUGCACUGUUAGGCUAAUACGGCUUUGUCUCUUCCUUUAUGCUACUCAAAAUGGUCUUAAAUUGUAAAAGCACUGAAUAAAGUGUAGCUUUUCUAUUAAAAAA